GCGCACCGCUGUCGGUUUCGAAAGGCUUCGCUCAGGGAUGGCAUAGCAAUUAAGUUGCGUGGCUGCACGGGGCGCCGUUGCUACGAUGAAGAGGUUUGUGACUAUAGUUUUGCGCAGCCUUGUUAGCAUCUCCAAGGAAAACCCCAUUUGGGCGAAGGAGCACCACCGGCCGCCAAAGAAGGAGAUCAGGAGGAAACGGAGGGCGGCCAAAAGAGCCAAGGCAAUGGGCAGACGCAACUUAGUGAGGGCGAUGAUACUGACGGUGUACCUCAGCGAUGGAGAACAGGCUGCGACCGAGGUGCCCAUCACCCCGGAAACGACGUGCCGCGACGUGGUCGAGUUCUGCAAAGAGCCCGGUGAGAGCGGCUGCCACCUGGCCGAGGUCUGGAGAGGCAACGAGCGAGCGAUCCCCUUCGAGCACAUGAUGUACGAACAUCUACAGAAAUGGGGGCCUCGGAAACAAGAAGUGAAGUUCUUCCUCCGGCACGAAGAUUCCCCGACGGAGAGCAGCGAUCAAGGGAGUCAGCAGUCUCAGGAUCAAACGAGUCGCAGAAGUGGAAGCACUGGAGAGAAGCACAGUGAGAAUGGGGUGGGGAAUCAGCGCGUUGAGCUCACGCUGUCAGAGCUGCAGGAGAUGGCCACCCGGCAGCAGCAGCAAAUCGAGGCUCAGCAGCAGAUGCUCGUCGCAAAGGAGCAACGCUUGCGUUACCUGAAGCAGCAGGAGCGCCGUCAGCAGCAAACCGCGUCGGAGAGCGAGAAACUGCAGAAGCUCAAGGAGCGCGUGGAGAGCCAGGAGGCAAAGCUCAAGAAGAUUCGGGCCAUGAGAGGCCAGGUGGACUACAGCAAGGUCAUCAACGGCAACUUGUCGGCCGAGAUCGAGCAAGUCAGCAGCCUGUUCCAGGAGAAGCAGGCCGAGCUACAGUCGGCGGUUCUGAGGGUGGAGCAGCUCAGCCUGCAGCUGGAGGACCUGCGCAAGGGGAAGCUCAACGGCAUCCAGACCGCCCUGGGCAGCCAAGUCACCGGCGCCGCCGCCCUGGAGCUCCGCAAACUCUACCAGGAGCUUCAGAUCCGGAACAAGCUGAACCAGGAGCAAAACAGCAAGCUGAAGCAACAAAAGGAUCUCCUCAACAAACGCAACAUGGAGGUGACGCUCAUGGACAAGCGCAUCAGCGAGCUGCGGGAACGCCUCUACAAGAGAAAAGCUGAGCUGAACAGAGCCAACGGACCUCCCUCACCCCAGCCGGCUGCCGGUACUCUUGGCCGCGUCGCCGCCGUCGGGCCGUACAUCCAGGUUCCUGUACCGGGUCGACAGGAAGGAGGCUACAACAUGCCACCGGAUCCCCUGAAGCCUCAGACUCUGGGGGUUAACAACCAAGCCAACCACGGCCGCACUAAGUCAGACGGCGUACGCAAGCCUCCCGGCCCCUGGAAGGUGUCCGAUUUAGACAUCGUUGUGGACCCGGUGGCCUCCACGGCAGCCUCCUCAGGCUCUGACGGCGCGUCCCGAUUACAAAUGUUCCUCAUGCUCACGUUCUUGAAGCCACCCAUAUUCCACUUCAUGUGGUUCAUCGCAUUCAUCAAGUCACAUCUUUUCAAAUGUAAUUGGUCAAUUGUUUUGACCUACCUGAUGUGUGGAUGUGCUUCAAUCACUCGUCGCUCACUGUGUCCCGUUUGUUCCCCAGCCAAUGAUUCAGGUUGGCCUACUUUAGGAAAGACCAACACAUCUCUAAAGCCCCCUGAGAGACGGGACUCUGACACCCAGGGCAAGAGCCCCCCCUCAGGCUCCCCCGUCGCUGCGGGCGCAGAAAAGGUGCUAGACGCCAAAAAGGCUGCGUCCUCCCCCGCCGUCUCCAAGCCACAGCCGCCCCCCUACGGCUCCCACCUCACCUCCGCGCACUCGGCCAGCUCCUUGGAGCGGCGCAAGGACGUGCCCCCUCCCCGCCCGCUCCCCAACCCGCCGGCUCCCGCUUGGCCCCGCGUCGCCCCCUCCACGGGCUCCUCCUCCCAGCAGAUCCAGCAGCGGAUCUCUGUGCCGCCAAGUCCCACCUUCCAGCCCAACGCGCCGCUGUUCCCGCCCGGGCUGAGCGAGCGGCUGGAGGGGGCCCCGCCCGCCGUGGCGGUACGCCCCUUCAUCCCAGACAGAGGGUCGCGGCCUCAGUCGCCCCGGAAGGGCCCACCCACCAUGAACUCGAGCUCCAUCUACCACAUGUACCUCCAGCAGGCAGCGCCAAAGAGCCAGCCGCUCAAGUCCGCGCUCAAAGCCGUAUAUGGGAAGCCCGUCCUGAACCCCAGCUCGACUCCGCCCUCGCCUCUGCCUUUCGUCCAGGCGGGAGGGGCCUUCCCAUUGCUCCAAGGCCCCGCCGGCGGCGAGGAUGCUCUGGACGGGGAAUUUGAUGUCCCUGAUUUCUUCCAGCACCCGGAGCCGUUGGCGCCUCCUCCCAGCGUGGAGAACAUCCCUCGACCGCUCAGCCCCACCAAGCUGACGCCCAUGGUGCACUCCCCGCUGCGCUACCAAAGUGACGCCGACCUGGAGGUGGUCCGCAAAAAGCUGGCCAACGCGCCGAGGCCACUCAAGAAGCGCAGCUCCAUCACGGAGCCGGAGGGGCCGAGCGGGCCCAACAUCCAGAAACUGCUCUACCAGAGAUUCAACACUCUAGCGGGGGGCAUCGAGGGGAACGGAGUCAGCGGGUCCGGCGGCGGCGGCGGUAGCGGAACGCCGUUUUAUCAGCCGGCCAACCCUCCCGUGUAUCAAGGAGGCGACGCUGUGACCGACAAAGACAACGGUAACCUCCCCCCGGAAACGACAGCGACGCCGGGGGCGGAGCAGCCGGGCUUGGAGGCUCCACCUCCAUCCACGGACGGCAACGACAACGAGCCGCCGGAGAUGGAUCCCGCCGAGGAGGAGGAGGAGGAGGAGGAGGAGGAGGAAGACGACGACGACGACAAUAACAACAACAACGCGGGAGGCUCGGAGUCGUCGCCGCCGAGCCCCGUGCUGCAGGCGUCCACGCCGGAGGAGAGCGGCGCGCUGGUCUCGCAGCCCCUGGACAAGCGCACCAACCUGAAGAAGCCCAACUCGGAGCGCACGGGCCACGGCUUCAGGGUGAAGUUCAACCCGCUGGCCCUCCUGCUGGAUGCCUCGUUGGAGGGAGAGUUCGACCUCGUCCAGAGGAUCAUCUAUGAGGUGGAAAACCCUAGCACCGCCAACGACGAGGGCAUCACGCCCCUGCACAACGCCGUGUGUGCGGGACACCACCACAUAGUCAAGUUCCUGCUGGAUUUUGGUGUGAAUGUCAACGCUGCAGACAGCGACGGAUGGACUCCGCUUCACUGCGCCGCCUCUUGCAACAGCGUUCAUCUCUGCAAGCUGUUGGUGGAGUCGGGGGCGGCCAUCUUUGCCAGCACCAUUAGUGACGUGGAGACGGCUGCAGAUAAAUGCGAGGAAAUGGAAGAGGGUUACAUCCAGUGCUCCCAGUUUCUAUACGGUGUUCAGGAGAAGAUGGGUGUCAUGAACAAGGGCACCGUGUACGCUCUGUGGGACUACAAAGCUCAGAACCAGGACGAGCUGGCGUUCGGCGAGGGGGACGCCAUCACCAUUCUGCGCCGACAGGACGACAGUGAGACCGAGUGGUGGUGGGCGCAGCUGGAGGACAACGAGGGCUACGUACCACGCAACCUGCUGGGGCUCUAUCCAAGGAUCAAGCCUCGUCAGCGCUCUCUGGCAUAGUGUCUCACUCCACCGACCUCUGGCCAUCAGCUCAACCAGUGACAGAACCCCAGGAGCCGAGAACAAAGGGGCCCGGUGCUCUGCCUGCUCGCCGUGGCCACAACCUUCCCAGAACCUUCCCAGAACCCUUCUUUUUUUUUUUUUUAUUUCUCUCUCCGAUGCAGCGGGCAAUAAACUCUGACACAAACACACACACACACACACACUGCCAUAGGCGACACACAUACACAAGCAAAGGCCAAAUCUGUUACGCCUGAUCCCGUUUUCUCCCCCCCCCCCCCCCCCCCCAGUCUAGUGCUCUGUCGCCGCCCCAACGCGAGUUUCCCCGAGUCAGCGUCGGCUCCGUGUCCGUCGUCGACGAGAAGAAUAAAACACUAACCCGUGUCUCAGUACUUCCUCGCAGUGAUCACACUCAUCCGGCCGUGCGCUCUGUGGUGGCACGAAAAAAACAAACUAACAGAAAAAAAACGUGCUCUGAUUUUGCUGAAGUCUAACCACCAAAAGAUGAAUAUAGAUUUGACAAUCACCCUCCAAUCAUUAACGAACAGCUGCCAGGGGUUAACAUCCAUCUUGAUAUUGUCAUGAUUAAGAAUGGAAAAUGUUGUGAAUCCAAAGUGUUAACUACACAGGGCUACUCGGAACAAAUCACACAUAUUAAAGAUGAAUAUAAAUUAUCAGCACACGUCAUUUGAAGACUUGUUUUUUUUAUUUUUCAUUCAGCGUCAUCUGUUGAUGCAAGGUAGUCCAGUUUUUCUGUUAAAUGGGAUUCCAAGAUCUAUUAAGCGUGUGUGGAAAUACAGAAUUUUUAUGUGUGGUCGUCUGAUCUCUGAAAUGCUGCAGUUUUCAAAAGGAUACUUUGAUGCAAAUGGUUGACAGGAUAUAUUUUGCUUUACCAAAAAAAAGGUGGAUUUAGAAGCUGUGACUGCCCAACAUCUGUAGGUUGUUUUUGUAUAACGGUGCAAGUGUAAAAUAUAUCUUACUUAAAGUAUUGUUGCAUUUAGGGAUUUCACAGUGGUUUCACUGGAAAGAACGGCUCCUCAGAGACCGCAACACAAUAGUUUGCUGUAAUAGUUUAAAGUCAAUAACCGUAUAGUGUUUUCCAACAUAUCAGUUAGUUCUCACUUUUGAAGAUUCAUGCAUUUGUUUUUCCUGACUUCUGGCACCUGAUUAGAUCUACAAUUAAAUUCGACAACAUGGCAAGACCAUGAAAUGGACAAAGUGCAAGAAAAUGAAGGAAGUCUGGACACCCUGACUUCAUCCCUGGAACCCUUACACAACUUUGUUUACCACGUUACACAAAGUAAACACUGCAUAUCAAUGACCUAGUUAUUUCCCUGCUAGCUGCUGAGUGUGUCUCUGGUCGUCUAAUGUUGACAAACCCCACUUUAAACACUUAAUCUCAGGACCAUCAUGGUGCUGCUGACACUGUUCCACCACUAAACUAGUGAUCAUAUUUAUAUUUUCUAUCCACCAAACUUCUCCAUUUUAGUAGCGUACCAAACCUACGUACAACACGCUACAAAAUUGGAAGAAGAAAAAAAAGAUCUGACGGGUAAAAAAAGUGAUAGAUGAAGAGAACGUUUUAUUUAUUUUUUUUGUCUUUAAUGUGAAUCCCGGGUUCUCUUCCUCCAGCGGCCCCCUCUCCUUCAGGUAUUCACCAUUCCAGUAACACUCACACGUGCGUUAUGUGUAACACAAUGUCUCACCACUUAAAAGUCCUUCAACCUGUUCUGAACCUCGAGUGAUUGAGUGUGAUGCCAAGUGUGCGAGCUCCGCCACGGCUUGAUCUGUACAUAGUGUGAGGAGAUUUGGUCUGUGUGGGCUUUCUGUGCAAACGCAGUACUCACAGGUUGAAUUGUGUAAAUGUGAAUAAUAAAACGGAAGCUCUGGCAUGA